ACACAGUAUUAGCGUAGGAGUGAGUAACAUGGUCUUGAAGGGGUGCUGGGUGGUCCAGGCGUGGCUCUGACUUUGAUGUGUUGCAUUUCUCCCUCUUAGUUCCUCAACCAGCCAGCCUAGUGAGUCUCUCCUACUAUAUAAGUUCCCUCUCCCCAGCCAGAUCCCAUUUCUCAGUGUUCCUGUGUACCUGAAGGAGCUUCCUGGGAUAUCAUCAUGAAGAUCCUGUUUGCAGCUCUCCUUGCUGUGUUUGUCCUGUCUAACUUUGACAUGGUGGACUCUUCUUAUGAUAAGAUAGUCUACCACAGUAAAGUCAGAGCAAGAAAAGAGGGACCCAACGUGUGCGCUCUGCAGCAGGUCAUGGGGACCAAGAAGAAGUACUUCAGCACGUGUCGUAACUGGUAUCAAGGGGCCAUCUGUGGAAAGAAAGCGACGGUGCUGUAUGAGUGCUGUCCAGGUUACAUGAAGCUGGAAGGAAUGAAAGGAUGCCCUGCAGUGGCCCCUAUAGACAAUGUGUAUGGUACCUUGGGCCUGGUCAAGGCCAUCUCCACCCAGGAAUACUCUCACAUCUCCAAGCUAAGGGAGGAGAUAGAGGGAUCUGGGUCAUACACCUUCUUCGCUCCCAGCAACGAUGCUUGGGACUUGUUAGAUGGGGAAGUGCGUAGUGCGUUGGUGAGCAACGUGAACAUUGAGCUGUACAACGCCCUGCACUACCACAUGGCUAACAAACGCCUACAGACCAAAGACCUGAAGAACGGCCUGGUGGUCGACUCCAUGUACAACGACCUGGGACUCUACAUCAACCACUACUCCAACGGGAUCGUGACGGUGAACUGUGCCAGGAUUAUCCAUGGCAACCAGGUUGCCACCAACGGCGUGGUGCACGUCAUUGACCGUGUCAUCACUGGCGUGAGCAACACCAUCCAGGAUGUCAUUGAGGUUGAGGAUGACCUCACCACUCUCAGUGAUGUGGCGCUGGCCUCAGGCCUGCUGGACAAGCUGGGACAGCCCGGCCAGUACACCCUGUUUGCCCCCACCAACGAUGCCUUCGCCAAGCUGGACUCGGAUGUGCUGCAACGACUGAUGGGUGACAAGGGUGUCCUCCAAGCCCUGCUGAACUUCCACAUGCUGAACUCUGUCCAGUGUUCAGAGGGCAUCAUGUCCGGCCAGACCUUUGAGACCCUGGAGGGCCACAAUAUUGAGAUUGGCUGUGAUGGGGAAAGCCUGACGGUGAACGGCAUCAAGAUGGUGCUGAAGAAAGACAUUGUCACCACCAACGGAGUCAUCCACCUCAUUGACGAGGUCCUCAUGCCUGACUCAGCCAAGCAGGUGAUGGAGCUGCUCACCCCUUCCCAGUCCACCUUCAGUGACAUGGUGUCAGAGCUGGGUCUGUCUGCAGCCAUGGAAGCCAAGGCAGAAUACACACUACUGGCCCCGCUCAAUUCUGUCUUCACUGAUGAGGUAAUGUCCAUUGACCAGAGCUUUCUGAAGAUGAUUCUGGAGAACCACAUCCUGAAGGAGAAGAUUACUCUGGGACAGCUAUACAAUGGACAGCGCCUGGAGACCAUUGCCGGGAAGUUCCUCAGAGUCUUCAUCUACCGCACAGCGGUGUGCAUAGAGAACUCCUGCCUGGUGCGCGGCAGCAAGGAGGGCAGUAACGGAGCCCUCCACCUGAUGAAGACUCUGAUGAAGCCAGCUGAGACCACCAUGUUCCAGAUCCUUACAGACAACGGAGGAUUCAAGAUAUUCCUGUCACUGAUGGAGACGGCUGGUCUGACUGACCUGCUCAAACAGGAAGGAGAAUACACUCUGUUUGCUCCCCGUGAUGAGGCCUUCACUGGCGUCAGAGACAGCGACCUGGCUCUGCUCAGAGGUAAUAUGAAUGCCCUGCGUACCAUCCUGCUCUACCACUUCAGUAACGGAGUGUUCAUCGGUGGAGGUCUGGAGACUGGGGUGACCAACCUUCUCAAGUCUCUGCAGGGCAAUAACCUCCGAGUGCUGCAUGCUAACAACACAAUCAGAGUGAACACUAUUGAGGUCCCUGAACACGAUAUCAUGGCCACUAAUGGAGCCAUUCACUUUGUCAAAACCCUCCUCUACCCUGGUGAGCUGCCUGCUGGAAACUCUGACCUGCUUGGGCUGCUGAGAAGACUCAUCAAGUACAUGGAGAUCAAGUUCGUGUCAGGAUACAGCUAUAAGGAAAUCCCCCUCACAUUCAUGAAGAGGACGAUCAUCACACGCAUCAUUGAGUCAGUUCCUGAUGUGACCCAUGUGACUAGGGUUAUCGAAAGGGAACCUACCAUCACCAAGGUGACAAGGGUGAUUGAGGGAGAGCCUACCAUCACCAAGGUGACAAGGGUGAUUGAGGGAGAGCCUACCAUCACCAAGGUGACAAGGGUGAUUGAGGGAGAGCCUAUCCUCACCAAGGUGACAAGGGUGAUUGAGGGAGAGCCUACCAUCACCAAGGUGACAAGGGUGAUUGAGGGAGAGCCUAUCCUCACCAAGGUGACAAGGGUGAUUGAGGGAGAGCCUACCAUCACCAAGGUGACCAGAGUCAUUGAAGGUGAGCCAAAGUUCACCAAGGUCACUCGACUCAUCGAGGGAGAGCCCAAGGUCACCAAAGUUACGAGAGUGGUCUCAGGUCCUCAGUACUCAGCCAGCAACAGUGGCUCCAGCAUUGGUAUCGCAAACCUCCAGCAGAAAGUGGGAAAUCCAAGACCAGUAACUAGCAGGAGAAUUCCAGCUGGUCCCAGAAGGAAUGUCAGACCAAAGGAACAAAGUGCAUGAACAUGGACAGACCAGGUGACUGAAGAUGCACCAGCAACCAGAGAGGAACAACAGAGAUAAUGUCAAUGAUUGGUCUCCCAUACAAGCGCUACACUCCAAAUGACGUGUGUGUAGACAUACAGAACUUGAACUUAGUGAGACCAGUAAAGCCAUUUGCUAAACAAAACACAAAUCAUUGGUGAAUGUAUCUAAAGAUAACUAAAAGCCAUCAAUAUAUGUAAAUAGUGUACACAUAUUUGUGGGUUUUGGGGGUGUAUUAGAGAUUAAAGAUUAAAAGCUAGCCAGAGGUAGCAAAAUAAUCUUUAAAACCAAGCUAUUGGAAGUCUUGACCAUUGGUUGAGGUGAUACAACAGGAUUUUUGGGAACUUUUUAAAUUGACCUCUGCAUAAAAAUAAAUAAAAUUACAAAUGUGAUUGCUAUUUUCUGACUGUACUUCUGCAAAUGUUUAUAUUUUUCUACCAGAUGUAAUUUCAGCUCUGAUCUGACUUGAAUGUCACAGUAGUGUGUUUGCUCUCUCUUUCUGCCUUUCUGUCUACUUAGCUAAACAUUCAGAUAUUGAACUUGUCUUUGCUUUUAGAUGUUUCAAAUGUGCAACAUUCUGACAAACUUAACUUUUCACAUACUGUAUUCUCUCAAUAGCUUUUUUACUGCAGUUUUUAAACCUUUUUCAAUAAAGUAUAUUCUUGGA